AUGGUGGCCGUGUUCGCCGUGGUGACGACACCAUCAUGGGCACUGCCCAUCUCAGAGUUCCUAGAGAACGGGGUCCUCCCCAUGGACGAGACCGAAGCUCGGCAAGUGCAGCGCCGAGCGUCCACCUACAACAUCAUCAACAAUGAGCUCGGCGAGUGCGUGCACCACGCCGCCUCGGGGUCCCUGGUGGCCAAGGCUUUCCGCCAUGGUUUCUACUGGCCCACAGCCCUCGAAGACGCAGAGUCGCUCGUCCUCAAGUGCAAGGGAUGCCAGAGCUUCAGCAAGCGCAACCACCAGCCGGCGUCGGCACUCCGGACCAUCCCGAUCGCCUGGCCCUUCGCGCUGGAUGGGCCAACGAUCGUCUGGUUCGCCAAAGACAUCGCGGUGCGCUACGGCAUGCCGAACAGCAUUAUCACGGACAACGGCACCAACUUCGCCAAGGGCGCGCUCGCGCAGUACUAUUCCGUCUCCGGCAUUCGCCUCGACCUGGCUUUAGUCACACAUCUGCAGUCCAACGGCCAGGUUGAGCGGGCCAAUAGCCUCAUCCUUUCCGGCAUCAAGCCGCGACUCGUCGAGCCGCUCAUCCUUCAAAUUUAA